AUGGACCCUUCGUUGGCGUUUCGCCGCGCUGGGGGGCUAGAGCCGGCGGUGGGGGAAAAGAGGAAGGCCAGUGCCUUGGAAGAAGAAAAUGCCGCUAAGGUUUUGAAGACUGAGGCGGGGGAAUCUGCGUCGGCUCCGUCGCCGGGACCUCUGGUGACCCCUUCGCCGUCUGCGCUGUCGGUGAACGGGCCGCAACAGUCUCUGCUGUCUCCGCCUCCUCCAGUCCUCUCGUCUCCGUAUUCCCCGGCUCCUCUGUCCUCUCCGGCCGCCGCGUUUGUCGCCGGCGCCGCGGCGGUCACCUCAGUGUUGAGCGCGCCGCUGCUGGAGAAGCCCCAGGGCCUCUUCGGGGGCGGAGAAGACGGGGCGCUCGCGCCUGGUGUGCCUGGCGCGAUCCCGCCACAGGCGGGGAGCGCAGCCGCCCAGGCGGGCGCCCCUGACUCUGACGAACACGCGGUCGACGUCGCCCGAGCCGCUGCCGCUGCCGCGGCUGCCGUCAGUGCACGCCAAGCCGCCGCCAACAGUGCCGCGCGGGCGCUGCAGAUGGCCAUGAAGACCGCAGAGCUCCUUCAGGGACCGGCGGGCUCCGCGACGGGAAUGAACGUGCCGGGGUCGGAGCUGAAUACGCAGAGUCGCCACGCAAGGAAGGUCUACGUCGGAAACUUGCCCGUGCCGGUGACGCAGCCCGAAGUGCAACAGUACUUCAACGAGCUGCUCAACACGCUUUUACCCAACAAAGUCCCUGGAGACACGAUUGUGCACGUCUACGUGAACGCGGCGCGGCGCUUCGCGUUCUUGGAGCAUCGGUCGAUCGAGGAGGCGAACUUCACCUUGGGACUCGACGGCGUCUCCUGGCGCAACUGCGCCCUGAGUCUUCGGCGCCCGCAAGACUACAAUCCGACACUCGCGGAGCAGCAGUACAAGGAGGAGCGCGCGCGGCUUGGCAGUCUCACGGGGUUCGCCGUGCCCCCGCCAAAUUCGUCCGCGACGCCCUCGGCGCCUGCAGAGAGUUCUCUGAUAGCCGGCGCCUUGGGAAUCGUCUCCACAACCGUGCCCGACAGCCCUCACAAAAUCUUUGUCGGUGGAUUGCCGCACAGCAUCACGGAGCAAGGCUGCAAGCAACUCUUGGAGGCGUUCGGUCAACUGCGGGCUCUCCACGUCGUCAAAGACCAGCAGCGAGGAGACUGCAAAGGCUUUGCGUUUUGCGAGUAUCUGGAUCCGAACGUCACAGACGUCGCGGUGGCGGGCCUUAACAACAUGAGGAUUGCGGAUCGCGUCCUGCAAGUCCGCCGAGCGAUGCCGCACGGCCACGUGAAAGCCGGAGGCGACGGCGGCGUCGUGUCCCCCGCGCCUGCUGCUCCGUCGAUUGUCGGGACGCUGAGCAAAGUCAUUGCAAUCCACAACAUGCUGCCGCCGCUGCCUCUGGUGCCGCCCCUUCUCCGCGAGGCAACCGCGUCUGAGGCGCGCAUCCGCGCGAGCCCUUACGGCGAGAUUCUCUUCGUGGAUGUUUUGGAGAACCUCGCGACCUCGGCUGCAGCGAAAGGCGAAGGCGUGCCGGUCCUCGUGGAGUUCCGCGACGUCGACUCUGCCAUUCAAGCCAUGGCUGGCAUUCAGGGGAGCACGUACGACGGCCGCUCUCUCAGCGUCGUCUUCGCGGAGCCGUCAGCGGCGAUGAAAAAGGCGGCGGUCCUGCGUAUCAUUCAAGAGGCCGGAGGCCCCGCAUCCGCCAACAAAUCGAGCAGCGUGUCGCCUCCCCCCCCCCCACCCGUUCCCGCCGAUGUGUCCGCGGCGACGGGCGGCUGCAGUGCCGCCACGUUGGCCUCGUCGGGGGCCCCGCCUGCAGCUGCAGAGGCAAAGACCAAGAGCUCCGUGGCCGCGGCGCCUCCUCCUCCGCGCAGCCCCGAAGAAGCGGCAGCUGCAGGGUCUGCGGCAGUAGCCGCGUUGCUCUUUGGUGGCGGCCCAGCGAGUCGCCAGUCUCCUGUCGUCAGCAUCCCAGAAAAGCCGACCCAGAGUGACGGGGUCUCGAGGCCUGAGGCGAGGGCAGACGGAUCGCGUGCUUCUGAUAUGUCGAGGCCGACGGCUGGCGCCGAGGACGCAGAUGCGCCAGUGACACAGCGAGCCCGCGCGGCGGCCGACAGUGAAGAGUCUGGCAAGGCAGGAGACGGAGAGGAGCACUAA